AUUUCAUCUUGAUGUACACUGAGGUCAAGGAGCUUGUCAACUUCCUCGCAAAAUACCUCAUCGGGAGACUACCUCGUCGUCCCGCAAGCCUCUUCACCUGCCAGCUUGCCAAUUUUCUGAUUUGUCGCUUCCGUGAGCACAAAUGGGAGUUGAGCGAUCCAACGAAAGAUGAACAGCAUCGCGUUGUACGCUCUAAAGUGAACGGAUUUACGGACCAGUUGAUCAUAUCCGCGGCUACGGAGAUGGGACUUAGCUCGGACGAGGUUUUAGAGUGCCUUCCAGACAAUAUUCUACUGUUCGCAAAUCCUGGAGAAGUAUUCUAUCGAGCAGGAGAGAAUGCAGCUGCUAUACCAAUCUGGACAGGAGAGAAAGGAGUCGAUCCAGAUCUCAACUACUGUUCCCUGCCUGCUUUUGUCACUAACCCGGCAUGCACUGCUACAAAUACAACAACCAACAUGGGUGCAGCUGGAAAAACCUUCUACGUCGGCAGAUCACGCAAAGUUGAUGCAGCUUACGAAAUUGAAGACGCAUAUGUGCAGCUGAAACUUGAGCCUGUGCAGUCAUCUAAUGCAGAUGACAAUGUUCUGCUUCCACAGUCGAACUUGAUGAUGUUCUCUUAUACCCCAAAGAAUCACGUUUCUUACACUAUAAAGGAAUUCUCGGCCACUCGUUUUGGCAGUCACCGUCAGAGACCUGACCACGAUGUGAUGAGACGCAUUCAGAGGCAGGCAGCUAACCGUGGAGUGGAACUGUCAGGUGCGAAUUCACAAAAGGCGCGUCCCUGCUUGCUGGGUGCUGGUGAUGGACCGGAAGUCAAAGGCGCAAUUUCGUCGAGACCUAUGUUUCCCAAAUCACCGCCUGGUCCCACGGACACAACGAUGACCGACAUCGAAACGCUCAAGACUUUGACACCAGAACAACGUGAAGCUCUCGUGAACAUAAUUCGGAACAGCUCACUGCUGGAUCAAUCUCUCAGCCAUCUACAGCAAGCUCUAGCAGGUACUGCGAACACUGGCAAUACCAGUUUGGCGGAUUUAGCAUUCACACACUACGGGACCUCAACAAGCUCUACUUCUUCGCUAUCUCGUCGUCAUAGUGUGAAGCGUCGUUCAAGCAAUGUUCACAGCACAUCCUGGCUUGCUUGAACACUUGCUGUAUUUUUUACAUCUGUAAUAUAACUACACUUCUUUCAAAAGUACUAGAGUUAUACGUGAAUGUCUAUUUUGCAGCGGGCACCUGCCAUUCUAGGAAUAAAUCUGUUGCUUGUUGGUAG